AUGAAAACUGCUAAGACGAAGAAACCUACUCUGCCGUCCACGGCAAAGAAGAGGAAGGCUUCAACUGCUACGACAAAGAAGAAGAAGCAGUCGACGUCCGCAGCAAAGAAGAGGAAGACAACCCUUACUACUGCUACUACUACUACUAAUAAUAAGAAGAAGCAGCCUACGCUGACACCACCACAGUCAACAACGACGCAGGAAUCUAGCCCCUUUGCGUCACUUCCCUAUGAUUUGCUAUUGAACUGCCUCGCCCGGGUCCCAAGGUUGUACUAUCUGACUCUCUCCCUCGUCUCCAAGAGCUUUCGAUCUCUCCUUGCUUCAUCUGAUCUUUACAAGGCCCGGUCACGCUUGGGCCGCACCGAGACUUGUCUCUAUGUGUGCUUCGAGGGCCCUCUUGGUUCUCUUCCUGGUUCUCGCUGGUUCACCCUAUGUCGGAAACCAGAUGCAGUGCUAACCAGUAAGAAGACGAGGUUGUCAAGUGGGUAUGUUUUGGCUAAAGUCCCAUUUCCCCAAGAUCCGGAUGAACGAGUCCCAGUUUUUACGGGUCUCGUGGCUGUUGGUUCUAAUAUCUACAGCAUUGGCCCAGAGAGAUCCUUAGCCUAUGAGUUCUCCCCUACCCCCAUCUAUGUACUGGAUUGCUGGUCUCACACAUGGCACGAGGCUCCUUGCUUGCAUAUGAACCUUAAGGAAUUAUCCGCUAGCGUACUUGAUCAAAAGAUUUAUGUAGCUGGAUGCUCCAAGUAUGGCUAUUUGAAUUCAUCCGUCGAGGUGUUCUACACAACAACACAGACUUGGGAUCCUAAGCCAAUCCCUUGCAGCGAGACAUUUCAAAGCUGUUACUACAGAACUCGAUGUCUUGACGGGAAGUUCCACGUUGUGGGUGACAAUGAGGUGAUUGCUUACAAUUCCAAGGAAGGUAGAUGGGACCGAGUUGGAAAAGAUAUUGGUUGGCAUAUGGAUACAGAUUCUUAUUGCGAGAUAGACAAUGUUUUGUACUCUGCUUUUAACGGAAAGAUCAUUUGGUAUGACACUGAGGUAAGCAGGUGGAGAGUGUUGAAGGGUUUGGUAGGACUACCUGUCUUCCCUUUUGAUUAUAAAGGGAUUAGAUUGGCUGAUUAUGGUGGAAAGAUGGUGGUUUUGUGGCACGAGAGGUAUCCUCAUGGGGACUCUUUGAAGAAGACGAUUUGGUGUGCGGAGAUUACGCUUGAAAAGCGUAAAUGUGGUGAAAUUUGGGGGGAAGUUGAGUGGGUUGAUCAUCUGCUUACUAUCCCUGCAUUUGAGAUACUGAAGGUUCUUGCUGCCACUGUUUGA